AUAACAGGUGACCUCAAAUGACAUCAUCACUGACAUCCUGAAAGUCCUUGAACACGAUCAUCGGAUCACUUCCGACUGUUCCGCAGGAGCAAGCACACAGAGAAAAACACAGAGAAAAUCCUGAUCACCCCGACUCAAGAUGUCAAGAACCAGAACCCCGACACGAGAAAAUCCUAUCCGCCACAACCGUCAAACCAUGAGCCCUCAGGGUAAAGGUACCCUUCAACGGCGCACAUUUACCCCCCCAGGGGCUGAAUGUAUCCCCGAACAGUCCACGCCCAUCCCCCCACGGGUUACAGCCCCCCAGCCUCCAGGUGCAGCAGCUGCGCUCAGACAGCUGCAGAGCAUUGAGGAUCAGAUUCGACUGCAGAACUCCACCUUUACCCAGCAGGUGGAGGACCUCUGCAGGUCUCUGCAGAACAUCACAAACCUGAAGAAGAUGCUGAAAAAUGCUUCCGGGCUGAACCAGGAACAGCUGGAGCAGCUGAAGAAAGCUGGCAAAGACGCCCAGAAGCAGAUGGACCUGGAGGAGAAGGUGGACCAAGAGAGGCAAAGGCUGGCUGAGGCCGUGGAAAGCAGCAGCAUCCUGAAGGAAAGAGUCCGAACCCUUCAGAUGAACCUGCGGCCGUCCAAGGAGCUGAAACAAGAACUUUCCCAGCUGAAAUCGGACAGGAAAAAAGCAGAAAAGGAGAACGCGUCCCUUCAAAGUGAACUGAAAAAGCUGGAGAAGAAGACUUCCCGCCAAGACCAGCAGGAAGUGGAUCUCAGAGAAGAAUUCCAGCAAUUCCAGGCCUUGAAACAGCAAACUGCUGCUAUGAAGCAGAACCUGGAAGAACUGCAAAGAGAGCGACGGGAACGCAAGGAGAUGAGGGAAAACUAUCCCUCCAUGUUGAAGGAAAGAGCUGAGCUGGAAGAGCAGAAGAAGCAGCUGGACCUGCAGGUCUCACGUCUGGUGCAGCAGCAGCAGGAAGCAGGAGAGCUGGCUGAACAAUACAACACGCACAUGCAGGAAAAAGAGAAGCUGCUGCAGAAAAUCAAAGUCAAGAAAACGGAGAAGCAGAAACUGGAAUCUCUCCUUGAGCACAAAGGAGCUUUGGAAUUGGAGUUUAACCAAAUCCGAGCAGAAACGGAUAAACUGCAGAGGGAAAAGACGGAGCUGUAUCUGGAAACGCAGGAGCUGGUGGAGAAGAUCAACAGUUUAUGUUACGUGGAGAGUAACAUCAGGUUCACCAGAAGCAAGAGAGACACGAUCCUGAAGAAAACCAAAGAAUUAGACCGGGACCUUUCAUCUCUCAGGCAACGGGCUGCAAAUCUCCAGCAGAAGAAGGAAUGUCUUUCUAAAGACAAACAGAUCUGCAAGGAACUGGAGGAAGAGCUGGAGAGCAAAAGGAGAGAGAAGCACCAUCUGGAAGAGCUCUCUGUGAAGCUUAAAGGAGACAUUUCUCUUCUCAGAGACGAGCUGGACACAAGAGCAGAAGAUCCUGACCAGCAGCUCAGGGAGGACGACUUGGUUUCCCUCAGGCACAAAGCAAAAAAGCUGCAGAGAGAAAAGAGACGGCUGAUGGAAGAGCUCCGAACCGUGAGAGACCAAAGCACCGAGUUGGACACGAUCAAAGCUAACACCCAGGAGACCCUGAGAACCAUCCGGGGGCUCUCCAAGGAGGCCCAGGUGCUGCAGGAUCAGAUCUCAAAGUUCCAGGAUGUGCAGGAGCAACUCACUACUGCCAGGCAGGAAAACCAGGCGGCAAAGACUCAGAAGGACGUUCUCCUGAAAAAAAUCCACAGGCGGAAGAUUCAACUUCAGAAUGUGAAGCAGAGAACUGCAGAUUACCAGCAGGAACUCCAUGAACUGCAGGAGGAUCAGGAAGAAGAGAUCAUGGAGAAAUGCUACUACAAAAAAGUGGACAAGAUCUGGGUCUGUGAAGGCCAGAUGGGGAGGCUCCAAGAAGAGCUCUCAGUCCACAUAGAGAGGAGGACCAGAGCCAGAACCCCCUCCUGGAGCGCCUCCUCCCCCGAAUAGCAUAACAAGGCCACGCCUCCAGAUCCAGACCCAGACAAACGGAUCAAAGCAGAAGAAAGAUCCACUCUGGAAAACUGGAACAAGGAGAUUUUAGAAGUGAGCGGGAAGCAGAAGAAACUGUUUUCUCUGCAGUUCCUCAACCUGAACCAGACCACCUGGAAACCAACCGAAACGGAUAAAAACUCUGAAACACGGAUAAAGACUCUGAAACACGGAUAAAUACUCUGAAACACGGAUAAAGUCUCUGAAACACGGAUAAAGACUCUGAAACACGGAUAAAGACUGAAACAUGGAAACUAAUGAAAAAUUGCUAAAUUGUUACUGCAAUGCGACUUCUUUUAUUUCUUUAUUAUUGUUUAUGAAUUUUGGGUUAUUUUUUGUUUUUAAUGAUUAAACGAUGAACUUGUUAUUGUUACUUAUUUUUACAAUUGUUUCCGUUGUAACGACUAACCGCUGCACGUUUUAUUAACGAGUGGUAAAUUACUGGUGGUAAAUUCUUUGAUUGUUGAUGUUCACCAACAGCCUGAAACCCUAACAGGCAAACUCCCAGACUAAGAAGACAUCAAACACACCAAACAGGAGUCAAAGAGUGAAGCCAUCAGAGAAAGGUAUCUGUUCAGCGGUCACUGUGGCCGCUGGGAGAAGACCAGGUUUAACGUGCAGACGCGCCGUCAUGCUAAUGUUCCAACGUUGAUGAAUGUCAAGAGAUGUUGAUAAAUGAUGUUGAUGAAGCUGCAGUCCAGACUGGAUCUGUGCGGCGGGUCCGACCAGCCGCCGCGUCAGAAGUGAGUGCUGUGGUCUAAGUGUUUGAAGGGCGAGCCGGCGCCGUCUGACCAGAGGACGCCGCCGUAUCCCAGAAUAUGUGGUUAUAAGUCAUUGUUUUAAACCAAGUAUUGAAAUCUGCUCUGAUUGGAUCCUAAAUGGACCGAAUGUUUAACGUCUUUCUUUCUUACUGAUUGGUUUGUUAAAAGGGGCAGACAGUAGAAGUUGUUCUGCUUUCCGUUCCCUUUUCUUACUUUUGUUUUAAUCGUGUUUGAGUUUACAACUCAAGGUUGUUUUACGGGUUUUUCUUUUUAUUGGAUAAAAAUGAAAUUGAAAAAAAAGCAGGAAAAUCCUCCAAUGUUGUUCUUGAUUUGAUCCUAAAUACUAAUAAACAAUCAUCAGAUUCUUUGGAUGCAUUGUAUGGUAGAGGGCUGUGUCCAUUGAUAACAAGACCAAGUAGAAUUACUACAAGCACUGCAACAUUCAUUGAUAAUAUUUUUACAAAUAUACUGGACAAAAAUAUCAAUAGUGGUUUAGUAAUAAAUGAUGUAAGCGAUCAUCUACAACAUUUAAUGAUCAAUGACCCCAAAAGGAACUUUAACCACCCUAGAUGUAGAAGAAGCGAAACAGAAGAAGCAGUUAAUGCAUCUAGAAGUGACCUGUUAAAACAAGAAUGGAAAGAUGUUUAUGUGAAUGAUGUCAAUUGUGCAUAUGGGUCCUUUCUUGGUUGUUAUUUAGCCUUGUAUAAUAAACACUGUUAUGUCAGAACAAACAAAAACCAAAUAGAAAACCUUGGAUAACAAGGGCCUACAGAAUGCAUGUAAAAAGAAAAAUAAACUUUACAAGAAUUUCUUAAAGUUUAGAACAGAGGCUUCUGAAAAACAAUCCAAGGUGUACAAAAACAAACUAAUGAACAUUUUGAGAAAAGCAAAAAAGGAAUACUAUAAUAAAAUUUGAGUUGAAAAUAAGAGCAAUAUUAAAACCACGUGAAAUAUUCUAAACAAAGUAAUGGGAAAUAAAAAAGGUUCUGUACACCUCCCAAAAUAUUUCAUAA